GGCCGAAUGUCGACAGUUGGGUUGCCUACAGCCAGGCAAUAAUAAUAUUCGAUAUACCAGAUUUCGAAAUUCAUCAUUUGAGUAACUUCUCCCGCAUCGCGUCUUCCUCGGCCUUAUAGUAAACGAAUUACAGAAAGGACAUCACAAUAUGCGCAAAAAAUUAAAUGUGAUAAAAAUUAGGUAUCGCUAAUGGUACCCAGCCGAUUAUAUUUGUGCAGUUAAAAAGUGCGUACAGCGAUCGCGAAGACAUCUGUUAUUAAUCGUUAAAAAAUUCAGGUGUAAAGAAAACACGCACUCAGAAAUAUAUAAUAAGUCGAUACUCAAUUCAGCUGAGGCCGUUAACAACGUUUCUAGUCAAUUGGUUUCUUUAAACUGCACUCAAAACGAUUCGAGUGGGCGAAAUAUACAAGGAAAUGGUAGACAUAACGUGACAACAACGGCUGUGUGGAUCACUUUAAUUCCACUUCUAUUACCAACCGAUACGUAAAACCAUCAUCUCACGAUGCCGAUCGAUCGCAGUGACCUUUAGAUUAAUCUACUAUUCCAAGAAUGCACCUGUACCAAAACUUGAAACAAAAGGACCUGGAGGUGGGUACAGGCAACCUUACGCUGUCAGCAGUAAUCGAGUGACCUUGAAUCGAGGAAUAAGGCUGUCCGAAGAUAAAGUGAAAUAAGGGAGGAUUGAUAGUAUGACGGUGAUGCUGCUGCAACGCUCCGCGACGCCGCAAUCAACGCACAGCCAGAAUAACAACAAUAACAAUAGCACCAAACCACCGUUUUUAUUCCUGUUAGAACAAGGCGCAGCAGAGCAAAGAAGUAACAUAAACAACAAUAACAAAAGUGCCACGAUUAACCGCAACAACAGUGUAGUCAUUGGUAACUUAACAGCUGCCUCGUCACAAAAUAGAAACAUCGGGGGUGGUGACUUGGGAGGCAGCAUCGGUGUUGCAGGUGGUCAAAUUCCAGGCGAGGACAUCGCGAUGCGAUAUUAUCGACUCUGGAUCUAUGCCUGCAAUGUUGUCCUCCUAGGAAGUGCUCUCGGCUUUGUUGCCGCCGGCGCACGAACCCUAAUCUUUUCUGGAGAUACAAGACGCCGCCUAGUCCCUGGUGUACCAGGACUCUUUGACCCGACCACCCUCUACGCUGUGCUUGCACUUGUGGCACAAUUGGGCCUUGUACAGUUGCUCGGUUGCGUGGCAGCCCGAAGACUGAGUGCCCGUCUCCUAAACGCCUACUGGUUCUUGCUCCUAGCUCUUUUGUUUGGCGACGCUGUUGUAGGAGUCGCCUGGGUCUUCCGUUUUGAGAAAAUGCGGGCUGAGCUGCGACCAACUCUUAGACUUCGACUGCAGACAGAAUAUGGAAAGGAAACACGGUUCAGCGAACAAUGGGACAGACUUCAGAGAGAAUUUGGUUGCUGUGGUGUCACUGGACCACGAGAUUUCACAUCUCGAUGGCCACAGAGUUGUUGUUUUGCGAUCGCAAACAUGAGUGACACUUGUCAGCAGCCUUAUUCAAAAGGAUGCGACGAAUCAUUGCUCCGCUGGCUGAGGAGAACUGCUGAUUUACUCUUCGUACUUGGGUUCUGUGUCAUUGCUUUUACCAAGCUCUGCUUUCUUGGUAUUUUGCGAUAUGAAAUUCGCGAAAUGAUACAGAAGAUACGGCUUCUUCGUGAACCUCCACCGCCUCCAACACCGUUCGCACAACCUCUAGCUCAAAUUGUUCCUGAUCCAACUAACAAUAAUGGAAGUAUUCUACGCCGCACAACUUUGCAACCAACUACUGCUAGCUCUGGAAAUGCAACGCUGUUGUUACAGCCUGACGAAUGUGGAGGUGGAAGACAUCCCUUACUGGCGCAUGCCCUGCAAGACGGGGGUGCAGAUAGUGAUACAAAUAGUCAUUGUGCUCUGAUACUUGAAGAAACAAGUCCUUCACCUGCGAAUCACAACUGUACAUCAAAAGAAAAAAGCAACGGAAAUAACAAUUAUGAAAUGCGAGAAUUUAAUAGGAGAUUAUUGUUUUCCAAUGGAAACAGCCAGGUGUUGGGUGUAGGAGGUACGGUACAAAAUCGACACACCUGACUAUGGAGAUGGUGGCGACACACCUGGCACCAUUUUCUACGAAGCAACAACAGACAACCCUCCCAAGUACUGUUAUAUAAGUAAAGUUGAUAUAAUGUUUUUAAUCUGCCAAUAAGCUCGCAUGGGCUCAAGAACAGUGUUAUGUGUUGAUUUAGAAAGGUACAUAGGCACAGAACAAAACAGAAGACUAGUGCUACUGAUUGUGAGCAAAACUUGGCGAAUAAGUGUGCAAAUUAGACCCGUAACAUGUGAAACACAGGUGAGUAGCUUUAAUAACUUUAAGGCAUAAAUAUCGAAGCCAUAUAUAGGUGUAUGUUGACUAAAAACAUAAUCUGUCGCUCACCAAAGUGAUCCGUACUUUGUUUAAGUAACACAAAAUUUCACCGUUGGAUAUCCGUAGAUAUUGAAUUUUGAAGGAUGGAUGUAAGUAGAUUGCGCUAUUCCUCGAAAUAUCAAAAUUAUGUUGCCUUUAGCACGAGUAUUCUGAGUUGAUUCGUGUUAUAGGGCAUAAGGUUAAAAUCACAAAAAAAAAAUUAAAAAAUAACAAAAAUGAUUGGCUUCCUAGUUAGGAUUAAUUAAAAUUUUAUGAUCAUCGAAUCGCAAAUGCCAAGGCGAUGGAUUUGUUCAUCUGUAGGCUGUAUAUAAUAUGAUAAAACAUUAGGUAGUGUUGCAAUUAAACUGCUUAUUUUUGAGAAACGCCACAGUUAUUGAUUGAGCUUGUGAUUUAAUAGAUAUUUUAAUAGAAUUCAAUACGCAUAUUGUGUUGCAAAGAUAAUGCAUAAGAGAAACUGCGUCAAUCAGUAAAUGUUCCAUUGAGUAUAGUUAGCUGAUGUAUGUGUUGUAAUCAUGCUAAAGAGACAGAAUUAGUAUGACAGCCAAAAUUCUACUGCAAUAUUUUUACUGUUUUACGAAAUAGGUUUUAUCAUGAAUAAGCGAUUGAAUUAUUGUUAAAUGUAAUAUGAUUAUACAAAUGUCAAAGCUUAAACCUCGCUAAAACACCGCCUCUGCAGUUGUCUGUAUAAAGUACAAUUAUUCUUUCAUGAUUUCACAAUAACUAAUUAGAAGGCUGCAGCAUUGUCGACAACAU